AUGGCGUACGAGACGCCGCGGGACGCGCGGGCGUAUUCGAGCGCGAACGCGCUGAAGACGUACAACAUGGGAUUCGCGCUCGGAAAGCGCGUCAACGAUAUUCGAGCCAAGGGAACGUUCGUCGAGGGGCGACCCGAUCGUUUCGACGCGCUGUCGAAGAUGCAAUUCGUGUGGGACGACGAGGAAUUCAAUUGGUCGCAGCGCUUGAUUCCGGCGCUGCAGCUUUACGAGCAAGUGCACGGGCACCUGAACGUGCCCAGCGCGUACGCGGUGCCGGCCAAGAUGCCGUGUCCGUUCGGCGUCGCCCGUCCCGUCGUCGUUCGCAGAGACCUCGUCGGUUUCGAACUCGGCAGCGCGGUGGCGCAGAUCAGACACUGGCGAUUUCAGCGUCCCGGCACGUCCGAGGGCGCGGCGAGAAGUCGCGUUCGACAGCUCGACCGGCUCUCGCCGCUCGGCUUUCCGUGGGACGUCGCCGAGUGGGAACGCAGGGCGCGCGUCCUCAAGCGCGUGCGUCGUCGACGCGUCGACGCGCGCCUCGCGUCCGACGCCGCAGCGUCCUCGAGCGUCUAA